AUGCCGCCGAAGUUCGAUCCCUCUCAGGUCGUCGACGUUUUCGUCAGGGUCACCGGUGGAGAGGUCGGCGCUGCCAGCUCUCUCGCCCCCAAGAUCGGUCCUCUCGGUCUCUCCCCGAAGAAAAUCGGUGAGGACAUCGCCAAGGAGACGGCCAAGGACUGGAAAGGCCUCCGCGUCACCGUCAAGCUCACUGUUCAGAACCGUCAGGCCAAGGUCACCGUCGUCCCCUCCGCAGCCGCUCUGGUCAUCAAGGCUCUCAAAGAGCCGGAGCGCGACCGUAAGAAGACGAAGAACAUCAAGCACAACGGCAACAUAUCACUCGAUGACGUAAUCGAGAUCGCCAAGGUCAUGAGGCCGCGGUCGAUGGCUAAGGAUCUGUCCGGCACCGUCAAGGAGAUCCUCGGCACCUGCGUGUCCGUCGGGUGCACUGUCGACGGGAAGGAUCCCAAGGAUUUGCAGCAGGAGAUCGCCGAUGGGGACGUGGAUAUUCCGCUGGAUUAA